GUAAUAUACUGUAUAUUCGAUUGCAGACUGAGAUGACAGCUUGAAAUAUGAGUGGUGAUAGAGGUCAAAGGCGUGCGCUUUUACCUACGCCGGGUGCAGUUCCUGUUGUUCCCAGGAAUGAACAGCCUCAGGGAAGAAGGCAUCCUUUGUUGCCAACCCCGGGUCCAAGCGUGGGAAGGGUUCCUGAAGUUCAAAGACCAAGAAAUCCUUCAUCACUGAACCAACCUGGAUCCAGCAAUGAUCCUUUCGCAUUCUGGGACGAACAAUCUCGUACAGGAUACUCGGGUCGAGGUCGUGGACGUGGAAUCAGACCUUUGCCUUAUCAAAGGCAGUUGCCACCCGGGAUUCCUGUGGAUACUUCAGGGCCCAGUUCGUAUACAAAACCUACUUCGACACCGUCUGUGACCUCAGUUUCUCGAGUGACCCCGACAUGGAGUCCCUUGGACAAUCCGGAAACCGUCGUGUCGAAUGCCAUAAGAGUCGAGUGUAGGUCGGGCCUGACAGUCUUUCGACACGCCAUAAACUGUGUUCCGGCAGUGAAGGGAGUCAAAGUUGCGAAGGUCGGGAUGCGUACGAUUGAAGGCUUGCCGAAUCCGAAACUGUUGUCGGAGUUUUGCGACAGCGUGUUUUUGCCUGAGAAUCUCGCGGUAUCCCUUACCGGCGUUGUUACAUUGGGGGAUCAGGAAUUUAGAGUGACUGUGAAUCCGUACGGGGGCGAAGAGCUGAAAAACAAGAAGGCGUUUCUCAGCGCCGUAUUUCAUAAGGUGUUCACAAAGAUGGGUUUCUAUCCGAUGUAUGGAGCUUAUUUCAAACCUGACCAAAUGUCGUCUUCGUCCAAGAACAAGCAGGACGCUUUCUCCGGAUUCGUGAAAGCUGUAAUGGAGACGGAUUCUGGACUUCUGCUGCAUCUGAACAGUAUGUCAAGACUUGUUCCUAUGGAUAAUGUGCUUGCUAUCAUGGGACGAGUGCAUGACUCUGUUUCACCCUCAACUCGCUCGUUGAAAAUCAAGGAAGCCCUGAUCGGCUCGAUCCUGUUUACAAAGCACGUCCUCCUUCGGUACAGAAUAGUUGACGUUGAUUUCACUCAGAAUCCAAAGAGCACGUUCAGUUUGCAGUCUGGGCAGUCGAUCACGUUUGAGGAUUACUUCAGAAAAAAGUAUGGUCUGACUGUAACCGUUCCUGACCAACCUCUGCUUGUGUGCGAAUCCAUGAAAUGCGACAGAACGGUUCUUCUGGUCCCAGAAUUCUGCUACCUCUCCACGACUCGGAUUACUUCGUCAAUGUUCAAGGGUUCUGGGAUGACCCCGGAUGAUAAAUUCGAUUCCAUCCAAGAAUUAAUUCGCAGAAUGAAUGGUGACGAGAAGGUGAAGAAGUUUUUGUCCUCUUGGGGCCUUGAGAUAUCAGAUGAACUGUGUUCGUUUCCGUGUCGAAAAUUGCCAAAGGUGACCUUGGGCUUCAAGGAAGAGGAACGUGCUGCCCCUGACGAUUGGACCAUGUUGCUCAAAAAUGGCAGAUUUGCACACACCGUGCCCUUGUUGCGAUGGUUGGUGGUUUGUCCGCAAAGAAAUGCGAAAUUGGUUGAGAAUUUCGUCGCGCAAUUGAAGUCGUGUGCUGAUAAUUCAGGGAUGAUCGUAGAAAUGCCUGUGCUGAAAACGAUCACAUCGAACUCCCCGCAAACGCGGGAUUAUUUGACUUUGAUCAGAAGUGCGCUGAAGUUUUACUACAAUGAAGACAAGGAUCGAAGCCUCCAAUUGAUCGUGGUGGUGAUGAAUCCUCGGAGGGAGGAUAUUUACACUUCUGUGAAGACGUUGUUGCGGUUCGAGUACAAAAUCCCGUCACAAUUCAUUGUAGCGGGUACUAUAUUGAGGGACGGUACCACUCGAAAAUUAGCUCUGAAGGUUCUCACGCAGAUUGUGGCGAAAAUUGGUGGAUGGCCAUGGGAAAUCAGGAUACCUCAGAAUGUGGCUUUCACCGAGGAAGGAAUCAUGUUUAUUGGCAUGGACGCGUGUCAUUUGAUUGGUAAACGAGUUUCAAUAUUGGCUUUCGUUGCUUCCAUGAACAAAAAUGCGUCUGAGUUCCGAACGUCUCUGGAAGUCCUCGACCAGGGCAUGGAAUUGUGGGAGAAUUUGCAUGUUCAUAUGAAAAAUGCUUUGGCUGCUUGGGCUGUGAAAAACAACGGUUUGCCGAAGCACGUCGUGGUGCACAGAGAUGGCACGAGUUUUGCACGAUUCGAUACCCUGCAAGUGGUUGAAAUUGACGGGAUGAAUGCUGUGCUGAAAGGCGAUGGAAGACGAAACAUUGGACUGUGUUUCAUGUGUGUUUGCAAGCGCAUCAAACCUCGAUUCGUCGUGAAGGAACCCGGCCAGAGAAAACCUCGGAAUUAUUCAAAUCUACCCCAAGGAACUGUUGUGGAACAAGGAGCCGUUAUGGAGGGUUGGAGGAACUUUUUCCUCGCUCCACAAAACUUGAAAGUGGGAACAUUGUCUCCAAUCCACGUAUUCGUGUUGAGAGACGAUACGACACUGAAGGAUGAAGAAGUCAAAUUCUUCACGUAUGCCUUGUGUCAUGUUUACUAUAAUUGGACUGGACCCAUUCGAGUACCAGCUACUCUUCAGCCCGCAGCUUUGAAACAGAAAGAAGCGAAAAAGGCGAAUGUUGACGAGAAAAUUGACAGAGACUCUGCAAAAAAGGACGUUCGGAAGAAGGAAGAAAAGCAAAAGCAAGGCGGUCAGAAAGCACAAGGAAAACCUGUCAAAGAUGGAACUUCUGAUGGAAAAGAACCCGGGGCCGAGAAAUCGAAGGCUGAUCUGAGAAAAGAGCGCAGAGCUAUUCAAGAAGCACAACGAGCAGCGAAAGAGCUGUCGAAGCCUGCAGAGAAACCCUCGACAAAAGCAAAGACGGAAAACAAGUCUUCUCCCGCUGCUGCUUCUGCAUCAGUUUCAAAUUCAGAAACGAAAACUACUACUACUGGUGUAUUAUCCCGAGGGAAACCUAAGGUUAAAGAAGCGUCUCCAGCAGACGUGAAAACAAAGCCAACAUCACUCGCUGCUCCUCUUGCCUUGCCUCAUCUUCCUUCUCCUUGUCCAGAGGACGAAAUCUUUGCCCAUCUUCCAGUUUUUGGUGGCCAAUUUCAUCCUGCAGUUGUCAAGUUUGGCCUGCAAAUGCACCGCGGGCUUUUGCGUGGCUCCACGACGCGAGUAUUCGGUCUUUUGCACACUUUGUCCCAGGUUUUGCGGGACUAC